AUGUAUGUACAUAUGUAUGUAUAUCCGUUUUUCUCUUUUUUGUUUUCUCUUAAGAUUUUCUCUAAAAAUUUUUGUUUUUCUUAAUUUAAACGACUUUAAUCUGAGUUUGCUUAAAAACUCUGCCUAAAGCGAUUAAAAAAAAAAAAAAACAAACUCCACAAUCAUUUGGACACGUGAUUAUUGUUGUAAUUCCUUUUACUAAUACACUUAGCUGUUGUUGUACUUACAGACGGGGUGUUGCAGAUGGCUUCCAAAAACGCAACAAUGUCGACAUGCCUGCCUGGUACUCCACUCACAGCGACGUCCACUGUCUACAGCUCUGAUGCGCAAACUCAGUCCCAAUGCGAGUCCCGUAUCCGUGUCCGCGACUGGCUUAUGCUCGCCGAUCAGUCUAUACUACAGAAGACAACAGAUCCGCAUCCAGACAAAUCACUAACCACAGUCGCUAAAGCGGACACUAACACCGUAACAUCUGUUGGAAUGUGUAGCGAAAAUGCCAGCACGCAAUGCCAAAUAGCAGCGUCCGCGGCGAUAGCGCCAAUGUUAGCAAGCAGCGCUGUUGUGGCACAAUCAGCAGCAGUAGCAGCUGUAGCAGCAUCGACAUCUACUACAUCGGCCCCGCAGCAACCGACCUUAAUGCGCAUUGGUAGUAUAGGACGCACCACUAUUGCGUGCGUAGCACCCGCCGUACGAGGUGAUGAUGGAGAAAUGAAUUUGCUAAACAAUGGCAGUAUGGGUGUGAUAUCGGCGGCUGCUCUGGCGGCUGCGGGAGUUGAGCUGGAAUCUGUGGAUGAGAGUAUGACCGAGGUGCUGGUGAAAAUAGAGAAUUCGUCAUCUUCAACUCAAGAAGAAGACGAAGACGUUGAUGCGGAGCCUGAAGAGAUUGGCGACGGCGACGGCGAAGGCGAAGAAGAGCAGCAAGAAAGCUCUGAUGGAAAAGAACCAGAUUUCAACUAUGAUCUCAAGUUGUCGAGCCCAAUGUCUUGGGCUUUCGAUACAGUGAAAAUUGAAAAUGAAGAAGAGUUCGAAGACAUACUAUCCGGUGGGCAUGACACAACCAACACCGAGGAUGAAGACGAUUUGCUAACGACUGCAGCCGCAACAACGAAACAAGCUGCAGUCUGCUCGCCUAGUCAAAUUACAAUAACGUCAACGGAAUCUUCUGCAAUGCCUGCCACAAAGGAGGACGGAUCGGCGUCUCGCCCAAGCAAUGUACGUUUCACGGCCAGCCAACGUGCAACCUGCAAGAGGCGAUCACUAGGCGAGAAUAGGGAGUCAGAUUUAGAAUCAAAGCAGCAGCAGCAGCAGCAGCAACAGCAACAGCAGCAACAGCAACAGCAACAGCAGCAACAGCAACAGCAGCAGCAGCAACAACAGUUACUUUUAGAGCAACAACAACAUCUCCAACACCUGCAACUGCGACCGACUCAGCAAACUUUGCAGUUCAAAUUAGCUUCUAUUCCCGCAACAAUCACUUCAGUAACAACAACAACAACGACAACAGCAUCAGCAACAAACCAAGAUAACAGCAAUGGCGUCAACGAUCAGAUUUGUACCGACAAUGCAACCGGCGGUGGCGGAGUCGGAGGAAUAGGCGGCGGGGCCGAGCCGAAUGCAAAGCUGAACUCGAAUGCAGGCAACACCGCCAAAGCAGCUGAUUUCAAAUCAUCCGUUUCCGAUGACAAACGAUAUCGCAUUCUUGUACAGAAUCAACGCAUGAGAAAGGAAUCGCUCGAGCACUCAGAAGAUAUGAUUUACAAUGCCGAUAUCGAAAAGCCAUGGGUAUGCCGCAACUGCAACCGUAAUUACAAGUGGAAAAAUAGUCUUAAAUGCCAUUUGAAAAAUGAGUGCGGCCAACCGCCGCGCUACUUCUGCAGCAAACUCUGCGGAUACGCCACAAAUGUGCACAGUAACUUGAAACGUCACUUGAACACCAAAUGUCGCGAUCGCAUAGACGAAGACCAAAAGAUCAAUACCACAUACACGCUCGUUUUCCAACAAAACGAAUAAGCUUCGAUUGCGCACACGCACUGAAAACUUGUUUUUUUUUCUGUUUUUUUUUUUUUUAAAUACAUUAAUCCGUCGUAUAUAUAUAUGCGUCUAGAAGGAUUGUGAAUCAUGGCCUAAAGGAUUCAACAUCCGUAGCUAAUGCUUAUAACAAAUCCAAGAAUUUCCUUUGGGCUCUCUUUAUUUCCACAUGCAUACAUACAUAUGUACACGCGCAUAUACAUACAUACGAAUAUAAUUUAUUGUCCAGUUUGGACCGAUGCUAGUCAAAGUGAACGAACGGACCAUAUAAAAUAUGAUUGUAAACGUUCAUGCAUAAAUACAUAUAUAGGGAGUGCAUAUGUAUACAUAUUUAUACCUGUUUUUUUUUAUUAUUCAAUUACAUAGUAUUAGUAUUGUUAUUGCACUGUGUUGCCUUAGGGCCUCAACGAAAUAAUGCCCAAAUGUCGGUAUGGUCAAAUCCCAAAAGAACUUUUCUCCACCUCAUCAUUUUUUAUUUACAGUGGGUUAAAGUCUACACUUUUGGACCAUAAAUCAUGUCUUCUGAGACCUACACAUACAUAAGUAGAAUUUAAUAAGCAAUUUUUCGAGGAAAAUUUUACUCAUUAAUUCCUGCCGUAAUGGUUCCUUUUUACCCUUAUUUUCGAAGGAGUUCCAUGUAAGUUCAUUAAAAAUAGCAGUUAUAACGUUUCCAUUUUCCAUAAAAUUGUUAAGCAGAAAGUUUCAGGGUCUUUAUCUAAAUUAUAUCAUGAAAAUACUUUUUUUACUCUUGAACUCUUCCCAGUAUUGGGGUUUUUACACUUUCAUGAGGAAGUUCAUUAAAAAUUGUAGAUGUAUCCUUAACCAUCAGAUUUUUCUUUCUUCGGCGACUCCCACUUAAAAUAAUUAAUACUUUUGGAGAGCAUUUAACCCGCCAACUUUUACUAACUUUUACAAAAAAUUGUGAAAAAUACACACAAACGGUAGAAGUAAAAGUUAAAAUAAUAUUUAUUGCGCACUAAAUUUUACUAAGUACAGGUUUUUGAAGAUAAUAAUUAUGUUUGAAAUCUUUUGUCUUUGAACAAAAAAAAACUUGAUUUACGCCCUGUUUUCUGAGAUAGGGGGCAUUUUCGAGACCUGCUGCCGAGAUGGGUCAAUCUUCAACCGUCGAUGUGUAGGUUUCCGAAGACAAAACUUAUGUUUGCGAUCAGCUUAUGCAUAAAAUCAUAUUAAUUUGUGGCCAGAAAAUGGAUAGGCUUUAACCCUCGCAGCGACAACUACCGUUGCGCACUAAUACGCAGAGGCCCUAAAGGAAAACUUUAAAAUUGUUUCACAGUGUUAGUAAUUCAAUUGCGUAAAUAUUCGUAUUUAUAUAAAUUGAAAUUGAAAAAAUAGUAGCACGCAUUUUUCGGUUAUGGGAAAGUAUUUCUAACAGUCUAUGUAUAUGUACCGUUAAUGCGAAGUAUGACAACAAAAGUCAUUAAUGAAACCUUUUCUAGUCAAAUAAUGAUUUGAAGUCGUAGAAAAUUUAAUUACAAAUAGAUAUUUAUUUUAGCGUACGGCAUUAAUAUUGCAAUUUAUUUGUUGCUGCCAUUUUAGUUUAAUAUUUAUUUGAUAUCCAUUAAAAAGAAUGAUUUUCGAAAAGUGAUGUUUUUUUUUUUAGCGUAAAGGAAUGUAGACUUACUUACAUAAUUAUUACAUAUACAUAUACAUAUGUAUGUAUAUUCAUGAAAAAUACAUGACUGCAUAAAUGUGUAUUUAUUGUUCACUUAUUUGUAUGUAUUUGAAAUGCUAGUUCUUUGGUACUAUAUCGCUGACGACGCAGCGCACAUGCAUACGUAAAUACAUACAUACAUAUAUAGUUAAGCUUCUUUAAACAAUAACUGGUAUAGUUGCAAUAUUGUAAAAAAAAGGAAAACUUUGUAAAUGCAAUAACUCAAUAUUAUUAAAAAAAA